UCCACACCGACAUAUAAAGAACCAACCGCUAACAUGCCAGUACAUCCUGAAGUGCUCUGGGCUCAGCGUAGCUCUGAAGUCGACGAAAAGAAGAACAUUCUCUAUGUCACCGUAAAUUUGCCUGACAUCAAGUCCGAAACUCUCCAGUACAACCUCACUCCGACGACACUAUCCUUCAAGGCUAAGGCGGGAAACGCUGAGAAGGGUAUUGAAGAGAAGGAUUAUGAAUUCAAUUUUAAUCUCUUCGCUGAGGUCGUUCCUGAGGAGUCCCUCAAAACCCUGACGAGCCGGCAUCUCACGCUUGUACUCCGCAAGAAGGAAAAAAAGGCCGAGUUCUGGCCGCGUUUGACCAAGGAGAAGAUCAAGACGCCGUUCGUGAAGACCGACUUCAGCAAAUGGGUCGAUGAGGAUGAACAGGACGGUGAGGCACCCGCGGUCGACGAGGAUGCUGAUAUGGGCGGCAUGGGCGGCAUGGGCGGUAUGGGAGGCAUGCCAGGCAUGCCAGGCGGGUUGGGUGGAAUGGGCGGCAUGGGUGGAAUGGGCGGCAUGGGCGGCAUGGGUGGCAUGGACUUUGAGCAGAUGAUGAAGUCCAUGGGUGGCGCUGGCGCUGGCGGCCUGGACGAGGAGGCAGGACCGUCAGGAGUUGGCGCCGAGUCGGACGACUCGGACGACGAUGGGCCCCCGCCGCUCGAAGAGGCGGAGCCCGCGAAGGAGUAGACGAAUAGCUGCUGGACCUUAUGAUGAGCGUUAUGAACGAAGUGCAUGGUCGAUGAAUGCUGCUAUUUCUUGCUGAUAUCACAUUGUUGUACGUUCCGGUUCGCAGGAGCAGUCUAAUUGUACUUGGCGCCUUUCACUCAGGGCCGCCCACGGAUGCGUGCCUUCCAAACACGCAAGUUAAUUGUCGGGGUCGAGGCUUCGGCGUGUUGCUCCCUGCUAUCCGUGACAUCGAAGCCAUCAGUGAUCUCACCGCGCAUUUAAAGCCGUGUACGAGCGACAAUAAGUAUUCUAUGGAAUUGCUUGGUCUCAUGCUCAGCUGUCAUAUGGGAGACUUUUGUCCUAUUGUGACUGUCGUAUC